GUCCCUUCGGAUUCUUCCCGAGAUUUGAGAAAAUUUUGAGACUAAAUCGCACCCUGAUCUCAGCACUCGGGCGGGUUGAGGCAGGAGGGUCACGAGGUCAAGGCCAGCCUGAACUACACAGAGCGCGGAAGGCCCUGUAAGAACAAAAUCCUGAGAUUAAAGACAGAAAAGGAAAAAAAAAAAAAAAAGCUGCAGCGCUGAUUGGCUCGGGGUCUGGCAAAGCGAGCUUCGGAUUGGCCCGCACGCCGGGUUCGAGAGGGACUGCGCGGGAAGCCCCGGGAUCCGGCAGGCGGCGGACGGGCUACAGAUCCCAGGUGCCGCCGCGUCCUUCGGGAGACACCAUGAACUGCAUCAACCUGCCCUCGGUGCUGCCCGGCUCCCCUAGCAAGACUCGCGGUCAAAUCCAGGUGAUUCUCGGGCCCAUGUUCUCAGGAAAAAGCACCGAGCUGAUGCGGCGAGUCCGCCGCUUCCAGAUCGCCCAGUACAAGUGCCUGGUCAUUAAGUACGCCAAAGACACGCGCUACAGCAGCAGUUUCUCCACACAUGACAGGAACACUAUGGAGGCGCUGCCAGCCUGCCUGCUCCGGGACACGACCCAGGAAGCCCUAGGGGUGGCUGUCAUUGGCAUCGAUGAGGGGCAGUUUUUCCCUGACAUCGUGGAUUUCUGCGAGGCCAUGGCCAAUUCUGGGAAGACAGUGAUUGUGGCAGCCCUGGACGGGACCUUUCAGAGGAAGGCCUUUGGUAGCAUCCUGAACCUCGUGCCCCUGGCUGAAAGCGUGGUGAAGCUGACCGCUGUGUGCAUGGAGUGCUUCCGGGGGGAAGCUGCCUACACCAAGAGGCUGGGCCAGGAGAAAGAGGUAGAGGUGAUUGGUGGAGCCGACAAGUACCACUCUGUGUGUCGCCUCUGCUACUUCAAGAAGUCCUCCGUCCAGAGUGCCACGCUGGAUAACAAGGAGAAUUGCCCGAUGGUGCCAGGGGAGGCCCUGGUGGCCAGGAAACUCUUUGCCCCUCAGCAGGUGCUGCAGUGUGGCCCUGGCAUCUGAGAGGCCCCAGGGCCACCCUCCUGCCCCUCUCCUGCUGCUGCCCUGUGUGGCCCCGCAGAGCAGCCACAGCUGUAGGCCCCGUGAGACAGGCCCUCUCUCCCCACCCCAGCCAGGCCUGGUGGUGGGGUCCACACCGUCUCCUCCUCCAGGCCACAGGCAGAGCCACAGGCUCUUGUGACACUGGUGCUGCUGGUUGCUUCCCCCUUUGUGGCUUUCACUGCAGUUUCUGUUCUUCCUUGGCUGUCUAUGCCAGUGCUCCGGAGCCCCGCCUUGCACAGAGGCCCCCAUUGUCCACUCUGAGGACAUCUGGUCCAAUGUCCCCUGCUGCCCUUUGGGCUGAAAUCCCUUCCUAUGCUUGAGCUCCAGCAGCGCUGGUUUCUCUAGAAAAGCAUCCUCUUUCAGCUACAGAGCUGCAGCAUGGCUGCUGGGGCCCAAGCCCAAGCCAGCCUCUUAAAGAAGGUACUCGGGGCCUGGGCCCCGCCUCUCCCUGCAGUGCCUGGACGUUAUGGCCAGUGUGAGAAGUCCAUCGCUGGUAAAGACACGUUUCACUUUU